AUGUCGAAUCUGUCCGUCUUGACACAACUACAAAGCACAUCUACCGAGCCCUUUCCCCCCGUCGCCCUCACAAAGCCACCCAGACCAGUCUCUGCGCCUUGUCCAAACUUUUCAAAGCCCAUAGCAGCCGACCCUCUACCGACAACCGAUUCAAAAUCUGUCGGCGCCCAUGAAGUCCAGGCUAGAAUCCAAGCUGCAAGAAGGAGCUUGACUGCUGCACAACCCCCGACUGAAGCUUUUCAACGCAAACUCGAUCAGUCUUCCGACCUCAUCCACCCAGCCUUGCGCGCCAGGAGUGGGGUGACGCCAAAUAGCGACCGUGCUCGUAGCCUCAAGUCGAGAAGCAAGCAAGAUCAAUCCAUCGAUGCAGUCAUACGCCGCUUGUCAGCCGAAAUCGAUAGCGGACAGCUGAACCUUGCAAGAGAUGUGCCUCCAGUGCCUGCGUUGCCUGCAUUUCACUCGCCUGCAUCCGGUCGUCCGCGAUCAUAUCAACCCGCAAGUAGCAGGUCGUCUGUGACGAAGAGGCGAAGCCCGCUUUCGAUUGUGUCAUCUGCAGACGUUGCAGACUCCGAGGAAACUCCAUGCCAUACCUCUGAACAGACGUCGACCCAAACAUCCAGGCAGACAUCUAGGCGAGCCUCUACCUCAGCCUCUUCUCAUGAUGACGACAAGCCCGCAAAGAUCCGAGUGAUCAGUCUGGAAUCCCACAAAGCAGGCCACGUCCAACAGCAACAACAACCCGCACGUCAGCCCUCGCCUUCAUCAUCACAACCAACCAUCUCUAAUUCCAAACCCCAACGGGUCAAGAGCCGCAGCCCGUGGCAUACAAUUUCGCGACGACGAAUACUUUGCUUUGUUUAA